GCAGUCCUGCGCUCGCUCUCUGAAUUACAGUCCUCAUCCACCACGCCAGCUCGAUAAGAAGCCUGACAAAGAGGAGCAUACCAUGCUGAAACGGAAAAUUAGCCCUAAUGGAGAAGGAGAAGCCAUGGGUCCACCUAAGAAAAGAUACACUCUGGACAUGGUGUCGCAGAAAUCUCUUGAAGCUUCUGCUGAGGCAAGGGGAGAAGGUGCUCCUGUCUCCCAGAAGGCCCAGGUGGGCAUGGUGGAGGCUGAUGCUAAAGUCUACACACAAACAUGUGCUUCAAAACAGCUUACCCCGGUGGCAGGAGAUGCCCUUCUCCCCAGUCCACAAGAUUCUCUGCCUGAAGACUCACUUCAUCGAAAGGAUGGUGGCAGUGACACGGGUGCAGCGGCAAGUGUUAGUGGUGACUGCUCUGCAGGCACUGCCAAGGCUCCCGCAAUGGUUUCCUCAGAAGCCCAACCCUCUGUGUCCUCACUGAGACCAAAUUUGUCCAAUUACGAAAUCAAAUGUGCCCUGAUGACAGAAAUCCGACGCUUUGGACGAAAGAUAGCCCUUCAACUGGUCACGGUGCUUGGCUUCGUGAACUGUUUCAAGUGUUUUUACUUAAGCAUCUGGGCUGAGCCAUUCCAUGUCCUGAGUGAAUUAGGCUGCUGCAAGUGUCCAUCUCCUCUCAUGAGGACGAAGCACAAGAGUACUGAGAAGGACGCCACACCUUUCACACUGUCCUCCCUAGCCUAUGUAGUGCAUCCCAGUAUCAUUUGA